AUGGGAUUCCUUGAUGACGACAAAGAAUGGAUAGAAUGCAUCAAUGAGGCAGCUAACUGGGCAACCGGAACAAAGCUACGCCAGCUAUUCACCACCAUAUUAUCCCACUGUGAAGUUACUGAACCCAAAAGACUAUGGGAGUCUACUUGGGAAGCUUUGUCCGAAGACAUCCAACACAAGAGAAGACUAAUCCUAAAUUUUCCAACACUGCAACUGACAGAAUCCCAGAAGAAAUCAUAUACUUUGAUCGAAAUAGAGAAAAUAAUGCGACAAGCAGGAAAGUCACUAAAGGACUACUCAGGAAUAGAACUGCCAAACGCAGAUGAGCUAGAACAACUUGGGAAUCGAUUGAUAAACGAAGAGCUUAACUACGACAUGGACCUCUUGAAGAAUGAGCAUCUCAACAUACUCAACAAUCUAAAUCCUGAACAGAAAAAAGCAUACGACGCAAUAAUGGAAUCAAUCGACAAUAAUCUGGGAAAGCAAAUAUUUGUCGAAGGCUACGGCGGUACGGGAAAGACAUAUCUAUGGAAAGCAAUCACGACGAAACUACGAUAUGAAGGGAAGAUAGUACUUGCAGUAGCAUCAUGCGCCAUAGCUGCUCUUUUGCUCUACAAUGGGAGAACAGCACACUCCAAAUUUCACAUUCCCAUUAACAUAACAGAUGAAUCCACAUGUGAAAUCAAGCAAGGUUCCCAUCUAGCUGAGCUCCUAAAGAAGACAUCACUGAUAUUGUGGGAUGAGGCUCCAAUGGCGAACAGAAAUUGUUUCGAAGCACUCGACAAAAGCCUCAGAGAUAUACUCAGGUUUACCAACAAUAACAGCGACAAAAAACCAUUCGGUGGCAUGACUGUAGUGCUGGGGGGAGACUUCCGACAAAUUCUACCAGUGGUGACAAAGGGAAGGAGAGAACACAUAGUGAACGCAUCCAUCAAGCGUUCAUAUUUGUGGCAACACUUUGAAAUUUACAUUUUAACAAAAAACAUGAGGCUCACCUGCACAUCUCACAACAUAACGGAAUAA